AACUUAAUUCUCUUAUUAGAUUAAAGAGGAAAUGCAUUUUAAAUAAGACAUUUAGUGAAAUAGUAAAAUAGAUGUAGUUAAAGCAGAAAUUAAUGUAUUUGCGUAUAGUUUCUUUUGAAUUGGUUCGAAUCGGAAGCAAAGCAAUAAGUUACCAAGUUGGCUUUAAUUUCACAAGUGUGUGUAUUUUCCGCCCAUUCACUUGACUCGGUUGUCGCGGAAUGCAUUUGCUCAAUAUGUGUAUAUAUGUAUCUGUAUAGGGCGAUUUGUGAAGUGCUAGGUGUCAAACGAAAACAGCAAUAACAUCAAACGCAACGAACUUGUCGAGCAUUACCAGAAUUGAGUUGUACUAGCGGUGAUCAUUACUCAGUUAAGGCAUUGGAAUGGAAUGUGCUGCGAUCAGUUAGAUUUAGUGUAUCGAAACGAAAUGUAUUUAAACCUACUAUCCUUGAAUUAGUAGCAUGCGUAUGUAAAUGUAUGCACAUACAUAAAUAAUAAAGCAAAAACAUAUUUGUAAAAUAUGAAAUUAUCUUAAAGUUUUAAAUAGUUGAAAUAAUUGAUAUAACAAAUAGUGCCUAAAAUGGAUGAACAUACACUAAAUGAUUUGUUGGAGUGUUCUGUGUGUUUAGAUCGUUUGGAUACUUCGUCGAAGGUGUUACCCUGCCAACAUACAUUUUGUCGGAAAUGCUUAGAGGUGAUCGUGUCCAGUCGACAAGAGCUGCGAUGUCCGGAAUGUCGUGUGUUAGUUGAAGUAAAAAUAGAUGAUUUACCACCAAACGUACUCUUAAUGCGGAUACUAGAAGGCAUGAAAAAUGCAGCCGCUAUUAAGACACAACAACAGCAAAAGCCACACACCUCCAAAUCCAGCCCGGAUAUACGAAACGUCAACGACUAUGAGCAACAUCAACAACACCAAACAGUUGACCAUACCCAAAUCCAACAGCAGCAGUUACUGCCAGUCAGUAAAAGCAUAAAUGGUGGUGCCCAACAGCUGCCACAACAUUUUUUACAACAACGACGUUGUUUAUUGCCACACGCUUAUGCACUUUAUGAUUUCGAAUCAUCUGAACCGUCCGAUUUGCAUUUUAAGAAAGGCGAUUUGGUGUUGCUAAAGCGCAAAAUCGACAGUAAUUGGUACGUGGGACAGCUUAAUAACGGCAACGGCUUCAUUUCAGAGGGUACUUUCCCCAUAAAUCACGUGCAAGUUGUUGUACCAUUGCCAACACCGCAAUGUAUUGCAUUAUAUGAUUUUAAAAUGCCGCCGAAUGAGGAGCAAGGUUGUCUGACAUUUAAAAAGGGUACUCUUAUACAUGUUUUGCGACGUGUGGAUCAUAAUUGGGCAGAGGGUUGUAUUGGCAGUUCAAUUGGUAUUUUCCCUAUCGCCUUUGUUGAAUUGAAUGCACUUGCCAAACAGGUGCUUGAAGCAACCUACUUGGUAAGCAAUAUGUCAACGGCAGUAUCGACUGCCCCGCCAGCUAUAGAUAUAGCAGCAUUAGCCGCCAACUAUUCUGCAUCAGCUACAAACAGCGGUAAACAAAUAAUACCACACCAGCUACGAAAUCCCCCGCCAAUGCCACAAAUCGAUAACAAUAAUAGCGAAUCAACAACUUCAUCAGCAUCAGCUUCGAAUUCCUCAUCGAGCGCUACUAGCCCGCAAUCGGUUAGCACUACAACAACAACCACAGCGUCAAAUAGUGGUAUGGCUUGUGUCGGCAUCAACAGUGGCGUAAACUCAACAUCGAUGCCCAGCAGUCCUAAUCAGUCAAUGCCGCCCUCACCGCAGCAUGAAAGUUCCAACCUCAAUAUCGUCAGUGGGUCCAGCUCAGUACGCUUUCGCGAUAAACGUGAAAAGCGUCAUUCUCUAAAUGCUCUCCUCUCAGCUGGCAACUUGCACACAGGUUUGGGCACAGGCGCAACACUAAGCAUACUGCAAUCGAAUCGUCAUUCAGCGGAAAUUUUAAGCGUACCCACAGAAACAAAUUCAGCAGAUAUUGUGCGGCAUACUUCGUGCGACGGCAGUGCGGAAGUACAAGAAGUUAUUAAUGCUGCGAACGCAGCGGUGCCGCAAAGCACGAUCGCACGAGAACAGCAGCAGCAACAACAAAUACACACCCAACAGAUGCAACAAAAGCAGCAACUGCCGCCGCAGCAUACGCAACAACGCGUGAAUGUUUUGAAAACCAGUGUUGUGCAACAGCAUAUACCACCGAGUUUACCUUGGGGUUAUCUCGCACUUUAUCCAUACAAACCACGGAAAAGCGAUGAAUUGGAAUUAAAAAAAGGUUGUGUUUACAUCGUAAUCGAGCGCUGUCUGGAUGGUUGGUUCAAGGGUAAGAACUGGCAAGAUAUUACCGGCGUUUUUCCGGGUAACUAUGUGACGCCACUACGAAGCCGCGAUCAACAACAACUGAUGCAUCAAUGGAAGUAUGUGCCGCUGCAGAGCUCACCGCAUCUCAAUCAAACCACUAUAAAACCCGGCUCAAAUCUUGUGCCAAUUGUUCAGUCACCGCCUGCUGUAACUUCAACAACACAGCGAAUACAUAGUCUGCAUCAACCGCCUGAUUUGCCACCGCGUCAAGUAAGCAGCGCAUUGCCAGUCUCGUCGGUUUGGACAAAACCGCUCGGUCAUACGGUCGAGGCGUUUUUCAAUCGCUAUAGUAAGGCGCAUGAUACCACAAAAGAGCAAAACGUCAAGGAGAAGGAUAGUGGCAAGCAAAAAGAAAAUUUGCCAAAUACAGCCACGCCAACAGCUUCUUCCUCCACCACAUCCAGUGCGGUGCAGUUAAUGAAGCGCUUGGCGCACAUCAAAUCACGUUCGAAAUCUCCGAGUAGUGCAAUCGCACGUCAGCAACAGAAAAGUCCGCACUCACAAUCCGCACAUGACUCGUCACCUACAACUACCAUUGAUGAUUCCUCCAUUCAUAAUAUGAGCAAAAAUUCUAUAUGCAACGCACAGAAAAACAAUCCACAUUUUGCAUCAGCUAAUACGCACGCACAAUUGCAUCCAGUACAUGUGCGCUCUGGCUCCUGCCCUAGCCAAUUGUUGCAGAAUCUACCGAAUGACCCAGCAGCGCUCGCUACACCUGCUGGAAAUACAUCUACAAUGGCACAAAUUCAAGAAAAUAUGCACAAAACCCCAAAACAACAACAACAAGCACAAAUGCAACAAAUCGCAGCACAAAGUGUGGGUUAUGGAUCACAGCAGUUGAGAGGACCUAAAGAACGUCCACACUUGCAAAACGCGCGACAAUCUAUGGAUAAUGCUACCUUGCGUAGCAUUUACAAUUCAUCGAUUCCACAACAACAACAGCAACAAUUGCUUUCUAAUACACCUAAAAAUGUUGGCGAACAACAACAAAUAAUUACCGCAAAUCACCGCAAAUCGCACAGUUUAGAUGCAGCAGCCGCUUUAUCUAGUUCCAACAACGAUUAUGGCACGGUCAGCGGUAGCAAUAGUGGGCAGAACGCAUUGCUUGCGCCAUGCAAUAUAACAGCAGCCGCUGUGGCAGCAAGCGCGACCACCAAGUCAACACAGUGCUCACGUGAAAGCCGUUUCAGAUGUGUAGUUCCAUAUCCACCUAAUAGUGAAAUAGAGCUGGAAUUACAAGUAGGCGAUAUAAUUUAUGUGCAACGUCGUCAAAAAAAUGGUUGGUAUAAGGGCACGCAUGCGCGCACUAAUAAGACGGGUCUGUUUCCAGCAUCAUUCGUUGAGCCGGACAUAUAAAUUAGCAAAAGUAAAAUGGGAAACCAAUUAGAGUGGAAGUUUGUCAAAGUUAAGAUUAAAGUCAAGGUUAUUCGCAUUAGUAGUGUUAGAAUCGAAAUGUUACUAAGUUUAUUUUUCGGUAAAUUGUUGUACAGAAAGUUAAUAAGCAAUUAUGGUGUUUUCGAAAGUUCAAAGUUAACACCCACAAUGUUAUGCGAAGUUCUUUACUCGAUAUGUAAUAAUCGAUAGCAGUAAUUUUGUUUACUUUUUUUUAUUUUAAUUUUUUCCUUAUUCCACACCAGUUAGUUUAUAGCUAUAUCGCAAAAAUAUUAAUUGCAUUAAUGAAGCAUCGAAAUUGUUUACAUAUAUAUUUUAGUUAAAUUUCUUCCAAAAAUUUGUAGUUAAUCGCUGGUCGACGACCACAGUUUUUUUUAUAGUUUUAGAUUUUGUUAAACAAAUUAUUCUUUAAACUUUUUGAAAGUUAAUUAUUAUAGCUUUAGCUACACACAUUGGAUACAAUCAAAAAUACAAGCAUAUAUAAAUAUAAGGUGACUGACUGAGAAGUUGAGCUUAUUAUAAUAAUUUCUAAUUUUCUGUUUGUAAAAGACAUACACGCGUUCUCUUGAAGUUGUUGAUUUUUAGUCAAUGGAGCGAAGUAUUUUUUUUUUUUUUUUUUUUUUAUAGUGGAGGUAAUUGAAGUAUGAUGGCGAAUUAAUUAACUAAAUAAAUGUUUUGCUACUAAGUUAUUUUCAUACAUAUAUUAUUUUUGUAUCAAUAAUUGUAAACAAAGUACUUUUCUUGAAACCGAAAAAAAGCCAGUUAAAUAGCUUAUAAACAAUUAUAUAUUACAUGCAUAAGCAACUAAUGAAUCUGAUUAGAAUAACUAACUAAAUACGCAUAUUUUUGAAACACAUCGUACAUACAUAUAAAAAAGUACAUUUAUUAAAUGUUAGGUUAUGUUAGUCCACAUUGAUAUUGAAUUUGCACAAUUUUCGUUAGAAAUAAGCAAAAAUUGAACAAAAUGUGAGUUAAAUAUUUUUAAACGAGUGACCUUUUACGCAAUUUACUGCAGUUUUGAUACAAUAAUUUGAAAAGGCAAAGUCGUAGAUCCGCUGGAACUUGUUUAAUCAAAAAGCAUGUAACGCGUAAUACAAUGUGAACAAAGCGUUUUGUACUUUAAAUAUGUAACACUCUCGAAUCAGAAAGUAUCCUGCCAUUUUUUAUACUUUUUUACUAUGUAAUUGUAUACAAACUAAUACAUACAUUCAUAAUACAUACUUGUGUAUAUACAUAUACGAAUAUAAAUGUUUUUACACCACGUAUAAGCUUAAGUACGACUUUUAAGUAAAAUAGUUAAUUAGAGUUUUUAUUAUCGAUUUUCCUUGUGUAGGAAAAUAAAAGAUUUACUAACAAACAACGUUGUUUCAUUUGUACAAGCUUUGUCUUCUCUAUAGUAUUCCUAGAACUGUAGAACAAAAAAAACUUUAUAUAAAAAUUUGCAUAUGGAGACUUGAAUCUGAUCUGCUGAUAUAUGUAUAUCGUUGUUGUUGAAGCGGCAAAAAACAUUCCUGAAGUAAUAUCCAGGAAUGGUGCCAAUUUAACAAUCUUUGAUCGUUUAAAAAUACAGGUCCGUUUCGGAUUCUUAGAACCGACUGUUAUGAAACUUCUUCCGAUAAUGACUGUUGCAACAAAUCAGCAACAUCUUGUGAAGAAACGGGCUUCAGAUCGAUAUCACAAAAACACAGAAAAGUGGUUAAGUCUACUCAGUGCAUUACGUUGAUCAUUAAUAUUAUUUAUAUCAUUUAUAGGGUCUUCGCCGAUUGUUGUUGUUGUUUUAACGGUUUCCUUCGCCGUCUUCACCCUUCCCUUUUGGUUGUUACAAACAUAUUGCUAAACUUAAUAUUCCCUAAUCAAGUAUUAUAGCAGAAGUUUCCCUCAUCGAUAAGUAAUAUUAUCUCGAGAAAAUUUGUCUCAAAUCAUAAGCAUGAGCGUUCCUUAGGUUUUGACCGUCGCAUAUUUUCUAGUUUUUAAAAACCAAUUGUGUGUAAUUGUAACAGAACCCUUAAUUUGCGCCUAAAUCCAGCGUUUAUAGACA